ACAUUCCUCUCCCCUCUUGUGAGCUAUAAAAGAGAAAAAGGAAAAAAAAAAAAAGGCGAGCUUUUUAUUAGCUUCCCCCCUAGGGCUCCAUCGAAGGUCGACUCGAUUAAAUCUCGCCUUUUGCUUCGAUUUCUCGAGCAUAUCCUUACCAGGUAGGUUAAUGUCUUACGAGGAUAAACCAAUGGCGAGUCAUUGCCCUUCUCCAUCACCAAAGGCCGUCGCUGUGGAGUUGGAUUCGAGCAAGCUGAUACCAAUUGGUUCAAACAUGGAACACUCUCAAGCGCCUAAGGAUCAAGGCAGAGCUGUACACUGCCCGGUUGCUAUCCUCUGGGACAUUGAGAACUGCCCAAUCCCCAGCGAUGUCCGCCCGGAGGAUGUUUCUGGAAACAUCCGGAUGGCGCUACGGGUGCACCCCGUUGUCGGUGGAGCUGUCACGAUGUUCUCGGCCUAUGGCGACUUCAAUGCCUUCCCCCGCAGGCUCCGUGAAGGGUGCCAGCGGACUGGAGUCAAGCUUGUUGAUGUACCCAACGGCAGAAAAGAUGCUGCUGACAAGGCCAUCUUAGUCGACAUGUUCCUCUUUGCUCUGGACAACCGACCACCCUCCUCUAUAAUGCUCAUAUCAGGCGAUGUGGAUUUUGCCCUGGCUUUGCAUAUACUUGGCCAGCGCGGAUACACCGUAAUUCUUGUAAUUCCGUCGGGGGUUAGAGUUUCAUCAGCUUUAAGCAAUGCAGGACGGUUUGUGUGGGACUGGCCCAGCGUUGCCCGUGGUGAAGGCUUCGUCCCCCCCAAAGCUGUUAUGCCGUAUGCCGAUAAUCAGAAUGAAGAGGAGAUUAUCACAUACAGAGGGAUCUCUCAGAAUGAGUAUGGCACCACGCGUGGUAGUGUAAAUCAAAUGUAUCAUUGUAACUUAUCUUAUUCCUCUCGGGAACUUUCUAGAGCUUCUGAAUACAGCAACAGCUGCAGUAACUUUAUACUGGAACCCUAUUUUAAUUCCUCGAGGUCUCAUAGUUUACCAUCCGGUGUAAGUGAAGGUCUGAUGGGGGGAGAUCAGAAUAGCACGCAAGAACACUCGUGGUGGGUCCGGCCUGGAGAUGUGCAGGGUUUGAAGGGCCAAUUUAUUAGGCUGCUGGAAAUGUCUGGGGGGAGCCUUCCUCUCGUCCGCGUACCUUCGGAGUAUCUUAAAGUCUUUGGGCGGCCACUGUACAUGGCUGAGUACGGUGUUUAUAAGCUAGUUAAUCUUAUCAAGAAGAUGACCGAUGCUCUGAUCGUGGUGGGGAAGGGCCAUAAGAAAAUGCUUUGUCUACGCAACACUGACGAUAGACAAAACAUAAAGAAGUGCCCGUGCCCAAGCACGCCUAUUAUACUGAAAAGGGAGGAGAAGAAAGGAAAGAGUGUCGUCGUUGAGGAGAACUCGGAGAGCUCCACUGAUGAAUUCUCAGACGAUGAGAGGAAUAAUGCGACUUACGAGAACAAUGACCAUCUCGAGAGCUUCAAGCAGGAAGUUCAAGAGCUUCUGGUCUGUUACUCUUGCCCUGUUCCGAUAAGUGCUUUGGAAUCUCUCUACGAGCAGCGGUACAAGAAAGCCCUCGACUACCAGAGCUUCGGGGUGGACGGGUUAGAGGAGCUAAUCGAGAAGCUGAGGGACGUGGUGGAACUGCGCGAGGAUUGGGUCAGCAAAAGGAAGUUCCUCGCAUCGUGCGGGUAGGGCGGUUGUCGCACAUCUCUUAUGCGUGUUGUAGGUUAGUCUUGAUCUCUUUCAGUCAAGAAGUUUUCUCGCCCAUCAUGCAUCAAAUGCUGAGUUGGCACCUUUUUUUAUUUUAAGUGUCUGUAACUCUGUAGGGUGUGUGAAUGUGGAGAAAGUUGUCCAAUGAUCUCUGUUUUAGCCUGUCAUAUCAGGGAGAUUACAUGGAAAUUAUUUAAAUGAAUGGUGAUACAAAUGGGGCUUCAAAAGAUAUAAAUCUGAUAUGACCUCAUUUAUUAUUUAUGAA